AAAUGUUGGAAGGCCAGAGAAACUGCUAUAUGAAUAAUAUUUACAAGAAAGGAUCAGACUUCGUACAGAGAAAAAUUGAUGCUAUUGAUGAAGAGUUGCGAAAACUUAAAUUGAAUGAAAGACAGCAAGUUACCAGACACCAACAAAGAUAUCUGGAAACUUCAAUAAUUAGAAAGGCGCAGAUAAUCGCAACGACACUCUCAUCAUGCAACAACGACCAAAUCGUCAAUGCUCUCACAGACAAUGGGAGAGAGCAUCCAUCGAUAACAUGCUGCAUCAUUGAUGAGGCCGCUCAGUGUAAUGAGACUGAGCUUCUGCUGCCAUUGACACUUGAUGUCAGCAAAAUGAUACUAGUGGGAGAUCCUCUGCAGCUCACUGCAACCACAUUCAGUCAGGUGUCGAGAGAUAUGAAAUAUGGCAAAUCGCUGUUCUCACGCAUCUACAAAGUUUGGGAAAACAAUGAAGGUGUAACAUCUACUUCUCCCAUCAACUUCUUGGAUACGCAAUAUCGAAUGCAUCCAUCCAUUGCAAGUUGGCCUUCUCGCCAUAUUUACAAGGGACGGUUGAAAAAUAACAAUUUAUUCCAGAAGAAUUCUGAACUGAAUUCGUAUAUGCUCAUAAACCAUAAUUUUCAGCAGAGCAGAGAAAGGGAAACAAAUUACUGGGAAGCCCAAUUGGUUGUUAGCUUAGCUUUUUCAAUUCUGAAGAAACCAUCAUCAGAAGAAAACAUGCGUAUUGGAAUCAUAACACCCUAUGCAAACCAACGGAUAAUGAUGCAAUCUGAAAUCCAUAAAAGAUCCGAUAAUGAAGGCGAUUAUGGAAGUCGGCUCGAAGUGAAUUCGAUUGAUGGAUUCCAAGGCCAGGAGCGCGACGUCAUCAUUGUCUCGAUGGUUCGGUCGGAAGGCAUUGGUUUCAUGAACGAAAUUGAGCGAAUAAAUGUGAUGCUUACACGCGCUGAAAAGUGCCUAUUAGUUUGUGCAAAUUUCAAUGCAUUUUUGAGCAAUCAUAUCUGGAAGGACCUCUAUGAAGAUGGAAGUCGGAGAAAGAGAGUCUUCUCGAUUAAUGACUACGAUGACAAGAAGUUUGAUGAAUUGCUGGAUACUAUUUACGCGAAGCGAAGAAGAGUUAGGAGGAAUGAAUGAGAACAACUGGCAAACUUGCAUUUGAAGAUAACAAGUGCUGCAGCACUAUGGCAAAUGCCACUCCUCAAUCUUCAGUCUCCGCAACAGUUCAAUCUCGUGGGUGCAGGUAUUACUUUAUCUAUAGUCCUCACUUAAAAACUUUUGAUCAGCUAAAAGAUGUAAUGGAUUUGGAAUAAUCCGACUCAAAAUACAGUUACCAAUAUUUCAUCAAUCUUUUUUGAAAAUACCUGCACCAAGUUCCAAACUUCGAAAUAUCUCUAAUUUUCUGUAAUGGAAUUUCAAAGAUUCCAAUUCAAAAUAGUCAAAUGAAUUCGGGAAAGCAUUUAUUGGAAUUUACUGAUGCACUUAUAUAACAGCAAUUAUUAAAUAACAGCAUUAUUUAUUCAUCGACGUUAUACAUCAUGAUAGAUCGGUAGAUAAAUAUAAUGUCAUUCGCCCAAAACUGAUUGAAUGACAAAUUCAAAUUGAACUAUAAAGAUGUUAUGUUCCAUCUCAUUGAUAAUUUUUGUGAUGAAAAAACUUUCCUUUUGAAUCUUAAAAAUGUUGACUGAUAACUCAUUCAAUAUGGAAAAGUAUUGAUGUUUGACUGUAUCAAUGGACUUAUUUAUCAUGGAAAAUUUCCAUAUCUUUAUCAUUUGUUUCUAGUCUCUACUUAUGUUUAAUAUUAUUUGAAUAGCUGUAAAUAUUAUUGAAAGAAAUUACAAAUAUUACUACGCGCCUGUAAUAUGUGGCAAACUAUUUCCUCAUUGUAUUAUAAACUUUCCAAUUGUAAAUGUAUUGUUGUAAAGACACGUCAUUUAGUUACUGUAUUAUUAGUUCUAGAUUGCUUUCAUUAGCAACCGUGUUAUUUCUAACCUAUUUUAUACGUUAGUUACACAAUAGAGAUCAGCUUUAAUUACUUUGCAUAUCUUUUCAAAUUGAGAAAUAUUAAAUAAAAAAACAACAAUUAGAAUGUUGGGCAUUGAUUGGGCAAGUCUUUAUUAAUUCACUAAGAAAAAAUUAUUAAUCAUUGAGAGAAAUUAUUUUAAUUUUUCAAAAGCAUGACUCAAUUUUACACAAACACACUGUUUCAUAAUUAUUACUAAAUCAGUAUCUUUGAAUCAAAGUUCAAAGUAUAGAUUGAUAUUAAUUUGCUUUUCAUUUGAAAAACAUUUUGGCAGAAAUUUAGGAAAUUUGUUUUGAGCUAUGAAAACAAAUAAAUUUAUUAAGUAGUUUUUACAGUCACCUUAUUUUGAUUCGACGCUAUUCACAUUGACAGUGGCAUUUCACAAGAACUUAAAUUGUUUGACUCUGAUUAAUAGACUAGCUUUAUGAAGAUGAUGAUUUUUUAAAUCCAAAACUGCUUUAAAUACUUGUUACUUUUGUUGUUUUGUAAUGUAUUUUGGUGAAUAGUUCAUUGCUUCAGGGCUUCCAUUCAAACUAGCUCUAGCUUCAAACUAUAGCAAAUCUUUAGUAUUAAUCAUGAGUUCAAAUUUGAAAUUGCCAUUAUCAUUAUUAUAGUCAAGUGGCAAGUUAUACAUUAUAAAGUUGAGUUUGAACGAUAAAAUAGCACAAUGCUAUUGCAAAAGUAUAAAGUGUAUCCAUUGAAAUUGAUUGACUGGAAUUGAGUGGAAGUAUAAUUAUUAUAAGAAUUACCGGUGAAUGCGUACCGUAAAUACAAUAUACCACUAUACUAGAACUGUAGAUAUUGUAGAUAACUUUGAAUGAACUGAAGUCUCGCAGAAAUUUUAAAAGAAUGUACUAUUUUGUUUAAUAUUGUAUGUAUUAAAAAAGUUAACAAAGAGCUCA